AUGGAUGGCGCAGUUGCAAACCAUAGUGGCUGUCACCUGUUUUCCCUCGCACUCUGUUUGAUGUCCUCUGAUGAUAUACCAUCUCUUGUUGAGGGAGACGACGGUGAUGAUGAGAUAAUAGACAAAGUUCCUGUUACUAUUGUGACUGGAUUUUUGGGUGCGGGCAAAACAACACUAAUUAACUAUGUUUUAACGGCUGUGCAUGGCAAAAGAAUUGCUGUCAUUCUGAACGAUUUCGGAGAGGGAUCGGCAGCAGAAUCUACAGUUGCACUGAGGGAGAAUUCAUGUGAUUUGUUCGAGGAAUGGCUGGAAUUAAGGAACGGCUGCUUGUGUUGUUCCUUAAAGGACCCGGGUGUAAGGGCAAUAGAAAAUCUUAUGAAAAAUCGUGGGAAAUUUGAUUACAUUCUGUUGGAAACAACUGGACUUGCUGAUCCUGGACCCAUAGGAGCCCUCUUUUGGUUAGACGAGAGUUUGUGCAGUCAGAUUGCCCUAGACGGUAUCGUCACUCUACUGGAUGCCAAAUAUUGCCUUCAAACAUUAAGUAAUUAUGAUAGUUCUGAAACCGUCAAUGCAUGCGAAAGGCAAAUCGCCCUGGCUGAUGUCCUAGUAUUAAACAAGACUGAUUUGGUAACUGGUGAAGAGAUGCGUUUACUUGAGGAUCAUUUGAGGGAAUUUGGUUUGGUUUCUUCUUACAGAUUCAUCAAUGCCACGGCAAAACUUGUCAAAACGUCAUAUGCAAGAAUUGACCUUUCAGAAAUACUGAAUCUGAAUAUGUAUUCCUCGAGCACCAUUUUCGAUGAUCUGCGUUCCUCCUUUACUCCACAGAAACCUCAUCUUGAUCACGCAAUUACUACUAUAACCAUAGAGGAGAAUCUCCGGUUGGAUCGCAAGAAAUUUGAAGAUUUUCUUGAAAAACUGCAGUGGGAGAAAAACAUCCGCAACAAUUCCAACGUAGUUAUGGAAGUUAUGCGAAUAAAGGGUAUUAUUCAUUUCACCGGUGACACUGUACCGAGCUCCGUCCAGUGCGUUAACGAGUUGUAUGAUAUCUUCUUAAUCUCAUCAUCAGGUGCGGAAAAGCUUGGACCGAUCGGCGUGCGACUGGUCUUUAUCGGACGUAAUUUGGAUCGCUGCGUUUUGGUAGUGACGGGUGCUUCAGAGCGCCAGGGUGCGGCGGGCGGGGUGCCCGUUGUGUAUAUGGCAAGGGACCUGGUGUUCUCGGUGGCUACGUUUGUUCCGACGGAAGCUCGUUCGUCUAAAUCAAAAUCCAAGGCCGAUGAAUUUAAGGAUAAACGUCGUCCACGUUACUUUCGUUGCCUUCUAGAUGAAACUUACUUUGUAGAUCGCCAGAGUCUUCUCCAGCCCCUUUUGCACUGGAACUUCAAUCUCUUCACUCUCGAACGACUUACGGCUGGCUUUCCUCUUCUCGCUAUCGGCAAAUACCUUUUCGAAAAGUCAAAAUUUUUCCAGAAAUUCCAUCUUGAUCAUUUUUUGGUUGUCCGACUUCUCCGUCAAAUUGAAGACUUAUAUCACGAGAACAAUCCCUACCACAACGCACUUCACGCCGCGGAUGUUACACAAGCCACCUACUGCUUGCUCAAGCGACUGCGCGUAGAGAAAUCUAUCUCAGCUUUUGACUUUAUGUGCGCCAUUUUGGCCGCCAUUUGUCACGACAUCGACCAUCCAGGAGUAAAUCAGGCAUUUCUCAUUAAGACCAAACAAAUGCUAUCCAUAUUUUACGAGGAAUCUAUUCUGGAACAUCAUCACUCCAAUGUUUGCAUCUCAGUUCUCUUACAAUCUCGAGUCUUUUCCGCCUUUUCUAUCCGUCGAUGGGGAGCAAUGAAGCAUUAUAUGAAACGUUUGAUUUUGGCUACUGAUAUAUCCAAACAAGAGGAAUAUCUUGAGCAGUUGGAAAGCCUGACGGAAAGACGCUAUCCCAGUGAGAAUUACCUCCCCACUCAUGAAGAUAUCACUCUUGUAAUGGAGAUGGCGAUCAAGUGUGCAGAUAUCUCCAACCCCUGUCGGCACUGGGAGACCUGCCAGCAGUGGGCUAACUGCAUCACCGAGGAGUUCUUCCAACAAGGUGAUCGCGAGAGCCUCCUUGGCCUCCCCGUCAUGCCACUCAUGGAUCGCAACAAAACCACCAAAGCCAAGGUUCAAAUCGGUUUCAUCGAGUUUCAGGUGCUGCCGCUCUUUGAACAGUGGGAUGCUUAUGUGCGCAGCAAGUUCAGCAGGUCGCUGGUGGCGAAGUGCAAGAAGAACCUCGCCAUAUGGUUGGCCAGAGACGCCGCAGCCAACGAGGAGCAACGCACCAACCUGCCCUUAUGA